AUGGCGUGGGACCAUCUCUCCAUCACGAAGCCGCACUUGGUGUACAUCAUCUUGGGCGGCUUCACAACCCUUUUUAUGCUCUGCUCCUCCAUUAUCAAGGAGCGCAUGUACAUUGGCGAGGCCACAGUCGCUACCAUCUGUGGCAUCAUCUUCGGCCCUCACGCCGCGAACCUGAUUGACCCGAAAAGUUGGGGCAACGUCGACCUCGUCACCAUCGAGUUCUCCCGCAUCGUUCUUGUUGUACAAUGUUUCGCCGUCGGUGUAGAAUUGCCCAAGUUCUACAUGGAGAAGCACUGGAGAUCCGUCACCCUGCUGCUGAUUCCCGUCAUGACCAUUGGCUGGCUUGUCGUGAGCUUGUUCAUCUGGUGGCUGAUUGAUCCGUUGUCUUGGCUUGAGAGUUUAGUCAUCGCGGCCUGCGUCACCGCCACCGAUCCCGUCCUGGCCUCUUCCGUCGUCGGUAAGGGCAAGUUCGCUAAACGAGUCCCCAAGCACUUGCGAGACCUGCUGUCGGCCGAGUCCGGCUGCAACGAUGGCAUGGCCUUCCCCUUCGUCUAUCUCGGAAUCUACCUGAUCCAGGAGCACAUGGAUGCCAAGUCCACCACCUUUCACUGGAUUGUCUACACGAUUCUCUAUGAGUGUAUCUUUGGCGCCAUCUUCGGUUUCGUUGUUGGCUACAUCGCACGCCACGGUAUCAAGUACGCAGAGGAGCACGAUCUGAUUGAUCGAGAGAGUUUCUUGGUCUUCUACUUCGUUCUCGCUCUGUUUUGCGCCGGUGCCGGUAGUUUGCUCGGCAUGGACGACUUGCUUGUUGGCUUUGCUGCCGGUGUGGGUUUCUCAAACGACGGUUGGUUCGCCUCCAGGACCGAAGAGUCCCACGUCUCCAACGUUAUCGAUCUCCUCAUCAACCUGGCCUACUUUGUGUUUCUGGGAACCAUCAUCCCAUGGGAGCAGUACAACAAUGUCGCUGAGGGCAUCACCCCCUGGCGUUUGGUUGUCAUCGCCAUUUUCGUCAUUCUGUUCCGCCGCAUUCCCGCCAUGCUCAUGCUGAAGCCCUUCAUACCCGACAUCAAGACAUGGCGCGAAGCUGUCUUCGCCGGCCACUUCGGUCCCAUCGGUGUCGGCGCCAUCUUCGUUGCCGUCUUGGCUCGCGCUGAGCUGCAGUGGGAGACGGCCGUGCCGCUUUCCGAUAUCCCUCCCGAAGAAAUCGAGCACAGAACCCUCGUCGCUGUCAUCUGGCCAAUCGUCACGUUCCUCGUCAUUUCAUCCAUCAUUGUCCACGGCUCGUCGGUGGCCGUCUUCACCCUCGGAAAGCGCAUCAACACCUUGACAAUCACCAUGUCCUACACCACCGCACCCGAGGACGGCCCCACCUGGAUGAACCGCUUGCCGAGAAUCUCGUCGCAGUCUCGCUCGCAAGCUCGAACCAUGUCCGAUACCGAUGGGGAAGAGUUGAAGAUGCCCGAGUUUCCGCCCGGGACUUUGCCCCCCGUGGGUUUCCCAGGCGCUUUCCUGCGCCGUCAAAAAGACGAGGAUGGCUCGAAAUCUCGUACUCGGUCGACAUCGCGCAGUCGGCGGAAGAAGAACAACAAGUGGGACGACGGCAUCGGCCCGGGUGGACCCGUCUCUCAGUCUGCCAUCUUCCCUACUAGACGCGAGCCUCUUCUCAACGAAAAGGACCCCGCCUCCCCUGAUGGCGAAGGCACUACGCCGCCCAGGCGCGAUUCUGACAGGGGCCGCUCGAGAGAUCCCGAAAAGGACGACGAUGAGAUCACCCCCUCUCCUGACGAAGGCUCCAGCCGAACCAACUCCGCAUCCAAGAUCCAAAUCUACGAGGAGGGAGACAAUCUGGUUGUUGAGAAUGAGGAUGGUGAUGUGUUGACUGUUGAGCGUUCUCCAAGCAAGGCAGAGGCGGUGGCGGAUGCGGAAGCACAUCAUCGCGUACCUGUUGAAGCCGACUUGAGUGCAAUGACGCCCACCAAGUCGAGGCAAGGCGAAAAGUUCAACUGGACCCUCGAUUCCUUCAAGCGCAAAGUCGAAGACGUUUACAGCUCGGAAGUGGAGAAACGUAAGGAGAAGAGCAAGACUGGCAGGCGGCACGAGCCCGCUCGAGCAUUCCAGUUUGGCAACACAAUCAUUGUUGAAGACGAAGAUGGUGAGGUCAUCAAGACCUACGAGCUGCCGUCGGCCAAGGCUGGAAAGGAACAUGGAGGCCGCACACAGCAAAGCCUCAAGUACCUCGGCAUGGGCGGUCUGUUGAAGGCAUCCGAGAAGCCUGUGGUCGAAGACGAAGCUCAAGCGGAAUCCAGCGCCGAAGGCGCUGCCAAGGCACCGGGCAAGUCGGGCUGGCAACGCUACCUUGGUGGCACCGCCGGUGCUGCGCAGAAGCCGAAGAAGAACGCGGCCGACGGAGGGCAAGACGAUGACCGGCACAUCCGCUUCACGAUUGGCGGAGUUGGCCAGAGGAUGACCAAGGAGGAUUUCAUCCGGGAAGUGCAGAAGCUCGACGACAAAACCCGACGACAGGUCGUGGACCAAUCGACCGCAUCCCAACGUGUCAAGUCAAUCGCAAAAGGAGACGUCCCUUCUCCGGUUGAGCGACAGGCGAACAUACCCACCAUCAAAAUCGGCAGCGACUCGGCCGAGAAGCGAUCCGGGUCUUACACCCCACAGCGAGUGAACUCCAGCCCGGCGCAACCCGCUCCGAGAGCGUCACAAGAGAAGGGCGCCGACGAUGAGGAGACGGCCAUUGAGAGACAGCGCAGGCUGGCCGUCCUUUCAAACCAGAGCGACGAGGAUGUGGAAUCAGGCGAGACCCCCGCCGAGAGACGUCGUAGGGAGGCUGCACUGGGCAUGAACGCCAACGACGGUGGAGACGACUCCGACGACGAAGGCGGGGAGAGAGUACCGCCCACGAGGAGAGGUAUCCGGUUUGCAGAGAGUACGGUGCCGCGAGGCCGGAAGUAA